AACUUAUCAAACCGGACCCUCCCCCCCCACUCCCCCCCACCACCACCUCAGCCAUGUUACGGAACCCCUGGAUGGCCAGCUACCUGAGCCAGGUCGGGUACUGCGGGACAGGCUUCGGGGUUGAAGCUCCGGUCAAACCCGGAAGCCCGAGGCUCACGCACAAGAGGGGCCUGAGCCUCCAUAAAGAGUUUUCAUUUGAAGAGAAGGACGAAUCGGCUCAGAGCAACAAGGACAUUGAUGACAAUAUUUUGGCUGUCCUACCAAAAGUUUCAGAGUUGAAGAAACGGUUCGAAGGUGUCGUGUCCUGCGAUUUGGAGAUGAACAGGAAGGAGAGGAUCGCUCGCCGUCUGGAGGGGAUCGAGAGCGAGGUCCCGCCCGCCCUGUUGCCGGGCUGCGCGGUGGCCAAUCGGCUGCUGGAGGAGGACACGCCGCGCUACACCCGCGCCUCUGACCCCUGUGACCCCUGCAUCGUUGUCAGGCGGUUCAGCAGGGAGGACUUGGAGGCUCCGGAGCCCUCGGGUUCCGAGCGGCAGUCCAGAGCGCGGAGCCGGGCGGAGCCUCCGCCGGGGCGCGGGGACGCGGGGUCCGCCCCGGGGCCCGUUUCGGGGCCCUCCGGCCCCCAGGGCCUGGACUCCAAGGCCGAGCGGAUCGCGCGGUACAAGGCCGAGCGGCGGCGGCAGCUGGCGGAGCGCUACGGCCUCUCGCUGGAGCAGGAGCCGGAGGCGGAGCCUCCCGCCCGCUACGCCCGCCUCCGCAAGGAGGCCGACGCCCCCGAGAGGCGGAGCCAGGCGGAGCGCCGUCGCAGCCGGGAGCUCCUGGAGGAGGGGGGCGGGGCCGAGCGGGUCUCCCUGGGCGUGGGUCAGGCCGUCAUCCCCGCCAACGCGGACCCCGCCGGCCACGCCCGGGAGCGGGAGAGGGCGCUGAACGCCGAGAACUUCCGGCGGGUGCAGGACCGGGUGGCCCGGGCCAGCGCCCGCGAACACUCCAGCUACAUGGAGGUGGCCACCCCGCCGCCCAAGGGCCCCGCCCCCGGCCCCAGCCCCGCCCGAGACCCCGCCCCCGUCACCGGUGUGCCCAGCUCCCCCAGAGCCGCCCGCCGCUCCUCCCUCCCCUCCCCCCGCUACGGAGUCUCCCCGGGGGACCUGUUCAUCGAGCAGCAGGCCCAGAACAUCCUCAGCAGGCAGGGUAUCCGAGCGAGAGAGAGGCCGGCGAAAGAGGACCUGGCACCGGGACCCCAGCAGGUGCCGGAGCCCCCCUCUUCCAGGAGGCACCCCCAGGUUUGGGCUCCCUACAUGGGGAGCUCCGCCCCCCUAAACGUGGUGUCCCCCCCCGACCCGGGGCCACAGGCCCCCAUCGGCCCGCCCCCCGCCGCCAGACCCGCGCCAACGGGCAUCACGGCGGCGGUACGAGAGAUAGAGCCGCCCAAAAGGAGGAGGAGCCUGGACCCCGCCCACUCCCGCGACCGCGCCCGCAGGCAGACGGAGGGCGUGGUGGUGAUCCGCCAGAGCGGGCCCGCGGCGCCGACCCGCGAAAUCGAGCGCCCCAGGUGGAGGCGGAGCAUGGACCCCACUCGUUACCACACCCACGGCCACGCCCAGGACCGCGCCCAAGACCACACCCACGGCCACGCCCACGGGAGCCGGCCGGAGGGCGUAGUGGUGAUCCGUCCGAGCGACUUCCCCACACCAGCUGGGCCCGUGGCGGUGACUCGCGAAGCUGAGCAACCCAAAUGGAGGCGGAGCAUGGACCCCGCCCAUGGCCACGCCCACGGCGUCCUGCGAGAGGGGGUGGGCGAGCUACGCGAGAGAGACCCCUCGGCACCGGUCGAGCCGGCGAUGGAGCAGGAGGCGGAGCCACCCGACCCAAGUCGCCACGCCGACCCAGACCACGCCCACGGCGGGGGCUGGCGGGAGGGGGAGGGGGAGGCAGAGGGGGAGGGCGGGGUCCGCGAGGAGGGGGAGGGCGGGGUCCGCGAGGAGGGGGAGGGCGGGGUCCGCGCCGAGGGCCUGCUGAAGAGCCGGAAGGCGGUGCUCCCCUCGGAGGUGCGCCGCAGGGAGAGGAGCGUGGACGACGUCCACCGCGGCCGCCACAGCGCCCCCCCCAGGGACGGGCCGGGGGGGGGGCGACGCCGGGGCCCCGACGGCGAGGAGGAUCCGCCCGAGCCCCCGGUCCGCCUCCGCAGGGCGACGGUCUCGCCCGUGGCCCGGAGCGAGGGCGGCGGCGGCGAGGGCGGCGGCGGCGGCGGCGAGCUGUCGCCGGGGCGACACAAGAUCCGCACGCGCUCCAUGUCGGACAUCGGCGUGGUGCGGCGCUCGGCGGUGUUCCGCAGCCUGGAGCGCGCCGCCAGCCGGGAGAGGCUGCAGCCGCCGCCGGGCCGCGAGCCGGGCCUGCCCAACGGCGACGCCGCCGACAUCGGCACCCUGGACACCCGCGUCUCCGUCGCCCAGCUGCGCCACUCCUACCUGGAGAGCGCUAACAGGAAGCCCGAGCUGGAGGUGAGGGGCGAGCCGGCCGGCUUGGAUGGGGAGCCGGGCGGGAGGGGGGAGUGGGAGAGGAGCUCCCGUAGGCCCAGGAUGUACAUCGCCCCCGGCGACGAUCGAAAGACCUGUGAGAGGUUCAGGACUCAGCCAAUCACGUCCGCUGAGCGCCUGGAGACGGAUAGGUCCUGUCUGAGCCCGUCGGACCUGCAGAGCACGGAAGCGGAUGAAGAGAAGCUGGAUGAGAGGGCCAAGCUGAGCGUGGCGGCCAAGAGGUCCCUCUUUCGGGAGCUGGAGAGGAGCACAGAUGGGGGGGUCCCCAAACCCCGCUCCCGAAACGCGGCGGUGGAGAGGCGGCUGAGGCGGGUUCAGGACCGCUCCCACACGCAGCCCGUCACCACACAGGAAGUGGUCAUCGCCGCCACUGCCCCCCCCACCCCGUCCUCACCCCCCACCUCAGCCCGCGUCCCCAGUCCCACAGUAACCAGCAGCGCAGUGACACACUUCAGUCUGCAGGCCUCGUCCCAGAAGGGGUCGGUGGCCCGAGAGUCCUCCCUGGGGAAGGAGGCGGAGGAGACGCGCUCCCUGGGGGCGGGGCCUAGCGAGCAGGGCCCGGAGGAGCCCGACCUCUCCACCCUCAGCCUGGCGGAGAAGAUGGCGCUCUUCAACCGCCUCUCGCAGCCGGCGCCAGGGCGGGGCCAGGACGGCGCCAGGGCCGACGCCCGCCACCGCAGAUCCCACGCCCGCUUCCAGACCCAGCCAAUCACGCUGGGAGAGGUGGAGCAGGACGUAGCCCCAGCACAGCCCGUCCCAUUGGCUAACGGCCCCGUAGCCCAGCCCCAGAGAGACGUUAACAGUGAGAAACUGCAGAACGGAGGCGGGGUUAAGAUGGGGGCGCUGUCCGCCUCCGUGGUCCGAUCCGCCACGACCGGCACGGUCUCUACCGCCCACGCUGGCGAGAUCCACCUGGGCAAGUCCACCGCCGUCGUGUGCCCCCCCCAGCCCCCCAGCCGAGGGAAACGUGACAGAGCUGUCGCCAGGCAACAGGGUCUGAUUGACAUUAGCAUGACGAGCACCGCUGUCGCCGAGCCCCGCCCCCAGCCUCUCACAGAACUCCGCCCCCAGCCUCUCACAGAACUCCGCCCCCAGCCUCUCACAGAACUCCGCCCCAGCCACUCUCAGAGCCCCGCCCCCAGCCUCUCACAGAACUCCGCCCCCAGCCACUUAGAGCCCCGCCCCCAGCCUCUCACAGAGCCCCAACCUCUGCCUCUCUCAGAGCCCCGCCCCCAGCCUCUCAUAGAACUCCGCCCCCAGCCUCUCACAGAACUCCGCCCCCAGCCUGUCACAGAGCCCCGCCCCCAGCCUCUCUCAGAGCCCCACCCCCAGUCUUACAUAGAGCCACAGCAGUCAGAAAUCAGGCAUUAUGGCUCAGUGCCAACCAACCGGAGAUGGGAGGAGGAGAGAAGAGUGAGGGAGGAGGAGGAGAGAAGAACAAGGGAGGAGGAGGAUAGAAGAACAAGGGAGGAGGAGGAGAGAAGAGCAUGGGAGGAGGAGAGGAGAAAGCAGGAGGAAGAGGAGAGAAGAACAAGGGAGGAGGAGAUGAGAAGAAUCAGGGAGGAGGAGGCAAGAAGAGCGUGGGAAGAGGAGAGGAGAAAGCAGGAGGAGGAGGAGAGAAGAACAAGGGAGGAGGAGGUGAGAAGAAUCAGGGAGGAGGAGGCAAGAAGAGCAUGGGAAGAGGAGAGGAGAAAGCAGGAGGAGGAGAGAAGAAUGAGGGAGGAGGCGCAAAGAGCAUGGCAGGAGGAGAGGAGAAAGCAGCAGCAGCAGGAGGAGGAGAGAAGAAUGAGGGAGGAGGCGCAAAGAACGUGGCAGGAGGAGAGGAGAAAGCAGCAGGAGGAGGAGAGAAGAACGAGGGAGGCGGAGGCAAGAAGAACGAGGGAGGAGGAGAGAAAGCAGGAGGAGGAGAGAAGAGUGAGGGAGGAGGAGAGAAGAGCAUGGGAAGAGGAGAGGAGAAAACAGGAGGAGGAGGAGAGAAGAAUGAGGGAGGAGGAGGAGAGAAAAAGAUGGAAGGAGGAAAGAAGAAAGAGGAGGGAGGAAGAGGAAAGGCUCCUCCUCUCUCCGGACGGGGAGAGACAGCAGCUCCAGCCCCUCCCCCCAGAGAGGAGCGGGGAGCGGCGUGCGGUGGCUGACCCCCCCUGGAGGAGGGAGGGGGAGGGCGGGGCUGACCCCCCCUGGAGGAGGGAGGGGGAGGGCGGGGCUGACCCCCCCUGGAGACGCGAGGGAGUGGGCGGGGCUGACCCCCCCUGGAGGAGCGAGGGAGUGGGCGUGGCUGACCCCCCCUGGAGGAGCGAGGGAGUGGGCGUGGCCUACCAGCACCGGCAGGAGCAGAGGAGCUACCUGAGGGAGCUGCACCAGGCCGACGGCGUCUUCAGGGCCAAGCCGGGCAUUGUGGAGCUGCCUGAGCCCACUGCCUCAGCGACGUCCCGGAGUCUCUCCCUGGCUCCGCACGCCAUGCCGCAGCCCCGGAACAGCAGCGGUGACCACGGCGACGGCGACCGCGGCGACGGCGACCGCCCCGAGCCGCCCGCCGCCCCGGACCCCGCCGACGACACGUCCGUCUGCCAGAUGUCCAUCAAAGAACGGCUGGCUCUGCUGAGGAAGAGUGGGGAGGAAGAUUGGAAGAACAGGAUCAACAGGAAACAGGAAGUGGUGAAGGCAGCCUCCACGGAGGGUCAGGCCCCGCUGUGGGAGGUGGAGCAGAGCGUAGUGCGGAAGGAGGAAGCGGUGGUAAUCCGUCAACAUGCGGUGUCUGAGCAGUUCUGGGAACCUGUCUUUGCUUCCACUUACUCUCCUGCUGCUGUUCCCAUUGGUGGUAAAUGUCAGUAUGUUGACCCCUAUAGCCAGAGGACGAGCGAGGAGACGGAGGCCCAGAUGACCGUGGAGGAGAGGAAGCGGCUGAUCUCUGCGCGGGAGGAGGCGUGGCGGGCCAGGGGUCAGGGCGUGGCCAACGACUCCGGCCAGUUCACCGUGGCCGGGCGCAUGGUCAAGAAAGGUUUGGCGCCCCCCGCGGUCACCAGCCCCGCCCUUUCUCCCGUCCCGUCCAAAACCAAGAGCACCAGCCCCGCUGUCACCAAGCCCCAGGAAGAAAUUGAAGCAAAGCCAGAUCUGAACUUGGAAUCCGACAAGAAGUUGGACAAUUUGGAAUCGUUCCUGGACCGAUUGAACAGUAAAGUGUCUGUGAGUCAGGAGACGACGGUGACGGUGACCGAGAAGGCGGUGAAGGAGGUGAUGAAGCUGGACGACGAAGUCUUCUCCAAGUUCUACCGGCACGCCACGGCCGAGCUCCCCGAGGUCACCGGGAGGGUGGAGAUCGACGACGACUUCGACGCCAUCUUUGGUCCUCAGGCGCCCAAGCUGGUCUCGGCCGUGGUGCAGCACAAGCGGGCCGUGCGCCCGCUCCGGAACGUUCCGUGCUCCCGGAACCCGCUGAAGACCCUGGCGGCCCGGGAGGACAUCCGGCAGGAGUACACCGAGCAGCGGCUCAACGUGGCCGCGCUGGAGUCCAGGAGGAUCAGCACCGAGAAGAUGACCAAGAGCUCGAGCUACUCGGAGGUGGCCCUGGCCGGCCUGGCCAGCAAAGAGAACUUCAGCAGCGUUAGCCUGCGCAGCGUUAGCGUCUCUGAGCAGACCAGCAACAACAGCGCCCUGCCCUACAAGAGCGUCAUGCUCAUGCAGGUCAAAGGCCGGAGGCAUGUCCAGACUAGGCUAGUCGAACCCAGAGCCUCGUCCCUGAACAGCGGAGACAGCUUCCUGCUGGUCACACCGCAGAGCUGCUUCAUCUGGAACGGGGAAUUCGCCAAUGUCAUCGAGAGGGCCAAGGCCUCGGAGCUCGCCGCGUUCAUCCAGACGAAGCGGGAUCUGGGCUGCAAGGCGAGCCAGGUGCAGACCAUCGAGGAGGGCACGGAUGUCGGCAGUCGGGUGGCCGAGGAGUUCUGGAACGUUCUGGGAGGGCAGACCGGCUAUCAGUCGGCGGGAAAGCCAGAGGAGGACGAGCUGUACGAGAGUGCCGUCGUGGAGACCAACUGCAUCUUCCGCCUGGUGGAGGACAAGCUGGUCCCGGAUGACGACUACUGGGGAAAAGCCCCCCGCAUCGUCCUCCUGGACUCCAAAGAGGUCCUGGUGUUUGACUUUGGCAGCGAGGUGUACGUCUGGCACGGGAAGGACGUGACCCUGGCGCAGAGGAAGGUGGCCUUCCAGCUGGCCAAGCACCUGUGGAACGGCACCUUCGACUACACCAACUGCGACAUCAACCCGCUGGACCCGGGGGAGUGCAACCCGCUCAUACCCAGGCAGGGUCAGGGCCGUCCCGACUGGGCCAUUUUUGGGCGGCUGACGGAGCACAACGAGACCACCCUAUUCAAGGAGAAGUUCCUGGACUGGGCCGAGAAGACGACGAGGUCGUCGCCGAAGAACGACAACGAGCAAGUGUGUGAGCAGAGGGAGCAGCCGAGGGGGCCGGACUGCCAGCCCUACAACGCCACGCUGAUGCUGCCGGUGCUGCUGACGCCGGUGGGCAUGGUGCUGGAGGGCGUGGACGUGGGGCGGGGCUACGGCCGGGUGGAGGGGCCGGACCGCCGGCAGCUGGAGAUCGCCACGCUGUCGGUGGACGUCUGGCACAUCCUGGAGUUCGACUACAGCCGGCUGCCCAAGCAGAGCAUCGGCCAGUUCCACGAGGGCGACACCUACGUGGUCAAGUGGAGGCACAUGGUUAGCGCGGCAGUGGGGAAGAGGCAGAACCCGGAGCAGGUGCGCACUGUGGCGGCUGGGCGGGAGAGGUGUGCUUAUUUCUUCUGGCAGGGCCGCAACUCCACGGUGAGCGAGAAGGGCACCUCCGCCCUGAUGACCGUGGAGCUGGACGAGGAGCGGGGAGCGCAGGUCCAGGUGCAGCAGGGGAAGGAACCCCCCUGCUUCCUGCAGUGCUUUAACGGGGGGAUGAUCGUGCACUCUGGAAAACGAGAGGAGGAAGAGGAGAACACGCAGAACGAGUGGCGGCUGUACUGUGUGCGGGGGGAGACUCCGCAGGAGGGCCACCUGCUGGAGGUGGCGUGUCACUGCAGCAGCCUGCGUUCUCGCGGCUCCAUGAUCCUGCUGAGCGUGACCCACGCGGUCAUCUACCUGUGGCACGGCUGCAAGACGCAGGAGCACACGCGCACCGUGGGCCGCACGGCAGCCAAUAAGAUCAAAGAGCAGUGUCCACUGGAGGCGGGACUUCACAGCAGCAGCAAAGUAACCAUUCACGAAUGUGACGAGGGGGCGGAGCCUGUGGGCUUCUGGGAGGCCCUGGGGAGGAGGGACCGCAAGGCCUACGACUGCAUGCUGCAAGAUCCAGGGAAGUUCAACUUCACUCCCAGGUUGUUCCAGCUGUCCAGCUCCUCGGGGGAGUUCGUUGCCGUGGAGUACUUCUGCCCGUCCCGAGUCCCUGAGCUGGUCAACUCCCUGCCCUUCCUGCAGGAGGACCUGUACAUGGCGCCUCAGCCAGCCCUGUUCCUGGUGGACAACCUCCACGAGGCGUACCUGUGGCAGGGCUGGUGGCCUCAGGACGACGAGGCCCCCGGCUCCGCCCGCAUCCGCUGGGACUCGGACAGGAAGUGCGCCAUGGAAACUGUGCUGCAGUACUGCAGAGAGAAGAGCGAGACGAAGCCGCAGAAGUCGUACCUGAUCCACGCCGGGCUGGAGCCGCUCACCUUCACCAACAUGUUCCCCUGCUGGGAGCACCGGGAGGACGUGGCCGAGAUCACCGAGAGGGAGGCGGAGGUGUGUAACCAGAUCAUCCUGGUAGAGGACGUCCUGGCCAGGCUGUGCCAGAACAUCUACCCCCUGAACAAGCUGCUGGCGCGCCCCCUCCCUGAGGGGGUGGAUCCCCUGCACCUGGAGCUCUACCUGUCGGAUGAGGACUUUGAGGAUGUAGGGGCUUCUGGGAAGAAAGCGCUGGACAUGACGAGAGAGGAGUACGCCGGACUCCCGGGCUGGAAGCAGGUCAACGUGAAGAAGGCCAAGGGACUGUUCUGAUUGGGACUUGACUGAGUUUGGGGGGAAGACCGUCGCCGUGACGACGGUCGCCGUGAGGCGUGGAAUGGGACUGGGCGGUUGCCGGGGGGGUUGACCCGGACCGUGAGAGUGCUCUGGAACGGGCCGUCCCGUACAGGGGGGAGGAGAGCGGCUGGGACUGAACUUUAGGAUCUCUAUGGGCGUCCGCCUCUAGUAUUAAAAAAAAAAAAUUUAUAAUAAUGAUAAUAAUGCUUCAUUUGUACUUCGAAGUUUUGAGAAUCCCAAGAAGGUUUGCGUGCUCCCCCCCCCUCCCAAAAGGCACAGUGUGGCCCCCCCCCCCCCCCCUUGUUUUUAACACGCAUAGAUGAAUCCUGUACAUGCACUUACUGUACAGGUGGGUGUUUUAUCGUAUCACACAAGUGUUGUCAAAGGCAGCACCUGGCCAUGUGUCUUUAAGGUCCUUUUCUUCUUCUGUUGUGUGUGUGUGUGUGUGUGUGUGUGUGCGUGAGCGUGUGUGUUUGUGCGUUAUAAAUAAUUAAUAUUUAUGUAAACACCAUAGAAGGGGGGGGGGGUUCGGGGGGAAAGUACCCCAGUCUGAUGUAAUCACUCCGGGGGGGAUGAGGGGAAGGGGGGGGGGGGGUCGUGCCAUGUUGGUUUUUCUGACGCCUGUUUGCCCCCAGGCCUACUUUUAGCUACGCAUCCGGAAUGAUCCACGGCCCUCUCCACACCUUUUCUGGGUGCUGAGAUCAACGACAGCGUAUUUUAAAAGGCAUGGAAUUUGAAAAUAUAUAUAUAUAUAAAUAUACAUUUUAAUGUAUAGUGCCUUGCUUUUUGUGUACAGUUUAUAUACAGAAAGAUUCUAGUCUGCAUUUUGAAGACUGUUUUGUGAUAAAAAGAAAUUAGGAAAUAAAAACACAAUGUUAAAAUCC